GUUUUUCUGAAAAUUCGCAGCAAAACGUUCCGGCUUACGAGCGAGACGGCUACUGCCUGAAUGCAACUGCGAACACGACACGAGAAACGAUAAUGGCGGCUCAAAUACUGUCCUAUGGUCUCUUUUUUCUGCCCCACCAGCUUCUCUGAAAAUUUAUCGCCCUGAGGAAAAAAAAAUCUUAUCGAAUACUUCAUUAUUUUUCAACGAACUAUUCAAAUAGUAGGAAAUUUCCCAGAGGACACGAUUUUUUCAUGAUUCCAACAAGUUUUUCAGGCGAUUAUCGCAAACUUUAUAGGUUUAUAUUUAUCCAGUGGAAUGUUUUCAUGCGACAAUUCCAUAUGGGAAAUAACUACGGCCCUGCGGCAUUCGAUACAUCGAAAUUCGUCGCUUCCUAUCUGUGAUAUAUAGUUUUUUCCUGUGUAAUUCACCCAACAAUUGCACGUUGAGCUGUAACAUAAGGUUUCUGUGAAGACAGAUUGGAUUACUGUUUGAAUAACGACGAGACUCCAAGUCAUACCGGGCAGUUGAUAAAUGUCGAGAAUUCCAAGGUCGGACUUUCCUUGUUCUAACCUCUGAGAAUUUGUUUGCCUGAGACACGUGAUUUUUUCGAGUCAAAAUAGUCACAUAUAAAAGUUCAAGAAACAGACUAAAAUUUCCAUCGCGUUUCCCAGACUGAACCUGUCAAAAAUGGAAGCAACUGGAGAUGUUCAAUCCCCCUACACUUGCAUAACCUGUCGUGUAGCCUUUAGAGACCUGGAGAUUCAACGCCAGCACUACAAAUCCGACUGGCAUCGUUACAACCUAAAACGUAAAGUAGCAGAGCUCCCCCCAGUUCCUGUCGAAGAAUUCCAAAAACGAGUGAUAGCUCAACGAGGUAAAGACGAUUCCCUCAAGAAUCCCGACAAAACUCUCGCCUGCAAUGUCUGCAGGAAGAGUUUCAGCACGAAAAAUCAGUACGAGAACCACACGAUGUCGAAGAAGCACAAGGAAAAUGCCCAGAAAUUCUCGCAGGAAACUAACGAAGACUCGACCACUUCAUCAUUUAUCAUGGUCGACCCUCAGCCCUCAGACGCAACAGAUUUAUCAGGAGGAGUUUCUGAAGAAAUGGAGGUGGACUCAGAGGUUGAAUCACUGGACUCUGACGAGUGGCUGGAGGACACGGAGAACCCAGUAAAGAACAACAACUGCCUGUUCUGCAGUCAUCACAGCAGAUCAGGUGUGAAGAACUUGAAGCACAUGACCGAGGCUCACUCGUUCUUCAUCCCAGAUCCAGAGUACUGUGUGGAUUUGAAAGGUCUCCUGGAGUAUCUAGGUGAGAAAGUCUUCGCUGGGUUCAUGUGUCUCUGGUGCAACGACAAAGGAAAAGCAUUCCACAGUGCUGAUGCGGCUCGUGCCCACAUGUUGGACAAGGGCCACUGCAAAAUGCUGCACGAGGGUGAGGCCCUGGUGGAGUACUCGGAUUUCUACGACUACUCGUCGUCGUAUCCAGACACUGGAGAGCACGAUGCAGAUGCAGAGGUAGAGAUACCUGAACUAGACGAUGGAGAUUACCAGCUAGUCCUACCGUCGGGCAACAUUAUCGGUCACAGAUCCCUCAUGAGGUACUACAAACAGAGUUUGGAUCCCAAUCGAGCUGUCGCCAUUCCCAAGAAUGAAAAGCUGAGGAGAGUGUUGUGUCACUAUCGGGCACUCGGAUGGACUGAGACACAGAAAGAGGCAGCUGUCAAAAAGGCUAGGGACAUCAAGUACAUGCAGAGGGUCCACGCCAAAUACUCCACGCAACUGCAGUUCAAGGCCAACAAGCUCCAAAAGCAUUUCCGACAGCAAAUCAACUUCUAGGAGGCAAGAGUAAAUAUUGUUUUCAAGUUAUUGUUGAAUAAAUACAUACAACAGGUGUAAUAAACUCGACUAUUUAUUCGUGG